AAUCCCGACCCAUUUCUCCCUUCGUCCCGUCUCCUCGUCACAAGAAAGAAAGGGGAACACCUAACAAACCACCAAUCUCUCUCCCCCGUCUCCAGCUCGAUUCCUUCCCACCAAAUCUCCCAUCCCCUCCACCGCGUCUCUCCCCCGCCCUUCCUCCAAUAAUCCUCGGUGUGCAAAAGCAGCACCGCGACCGACCGAACCCGCCAUCAAUCCCCACACCCACCCGCCCGCCCGCCCUGCCCCCGAGCCCAACCGACGCGGCGGCCCAGAUCCAGAUCCGGCGUCGGCGGCGGCCAUGAACCCGUCGCGGUCCGCCCCGGCGUCGUUCCGGGACCGCACCAACGAGUUCCGCUCCGCCGUCGAGAGCGCGCGCCGCCACGUCGCCCCGUCCCCGGCCGCCGCGUCCGCCAGCGGCAGCGCCGGGCCGCUCGACGACUCGCGCUCCGCCGCGUCGGCGCACUCCGAGUUCAACCGCCGCGCCUCCAAGAUCGGGCUCGGGAUCCACCAGACCUCCCAGAAGCUCGCCCGCCUCGCCAAAUUGGCAAAGAAGACAUCUGUUUUUGAUGACCCUACCUUAGAGAUACAAGAGUUGACUGCAGUUGUUAAGAAGGAUAUUGGUGCUUUGAAUAAUGCUGUUAUGGACUUGCAAGUUCUGUGCAAUUCACAAAAUGAGAGCGGCAAUCUUUCCAAGGAUACAACAAAUCAUUCCACCACCGUUGUGGACAACCUGAAAAAUCGCCUGAUGAGUGCAACGAAAGAAUUCAAAGAAGUCCUUACCAUGCGGACAGAGAAUUUGAAGGUUCAUGAAAAUAGAAGGCAAAUGUUCUCCUCCUCAGCUGCAAAAGAUGCAUCAAAUCCAUUCAUUCGUCAGCGGCCCCUUGUUCCCAGAGAGGCAUCCGACGCUGCCCCCCCAGCACCAUGGGCCAGUGACUCUGCAACUACGCCAUUGUUUCAGAGGAAGAAGACUAACGGAGAUCAUGGAGCAUCAUCAUCAUCGUCGUCUCCUGCUUUCAUGCAGCAGCAGCAAUUGGCAGUACAGCAGGAUAGUUACAUGCAGAGCAGAGCUGAGGCUCUUCAAAAUGUGGAAUCAACCAUCCAUGAGCUGAGCAACAUCUUUACCCAGCUGGCAACCAUGGUGUCUCAGCAGGGAGAGCUAGCAAUCAGAAUCGAUGAGAACAUGGAGGAGACGGUAGCCAACGUCGAGGGAGCGCAGGGCCAGCUCCUCAAGUACCUCAACAGCAUUUCGUCGAACAGGUGGCUGAUGAUGAAGAUAUUCUUUGUGCUGAUGGUGUUCCUCAUGAUCUUCAUAUUCUUCGUGGCAUGAUCCCCACACCCCUUGUAACGCAUGCAUGUUGUGCCCAAGUACAUUCUUUAAGUUUUACCAAACUACAUACACCAUGUACACAAUUUUCACUGGGAUGAUGAUGAUGAUGAUAAGCGGGAGGCAGUCUAGUAGCCUCUGGUCAUGUAAAUUGGGAGGAGCAUCCAGGAUGGAUCUGUUGUUAGUACCGACCGGGCGGUGAUAUUAUAUUUUAUUACAGUAUGUUUUAUAA